AUGUCCUUCCCCAGCAACUCUGCUGCGGCAAACCCCUUCUUAGUGGACGCACACGUUGGCGCGUGCAGGACGGACAACAUGUACGCGUCGUCCGCGUCUCAUGACUACGCCGUGCAAACCUGCGGACUCGUGCCAUCUUUGGCCAAAAGAGGGGAGCUCGGCCACCACGGCGCGGCCGCCAGCGUCCCCUCGUAUUUCGCCCACCGGUGGGGCGAAGCGGGCAGAGCGUGCAGAGCAGAGGCGCCCGUGAGUCCAAAAUGUCCGUACGCACAGCAGAGCAUCAAGGAGGAGGGCGACUGCUGCAUGUUCUCCGAUAAAAGAGUGCAACGAGUCAGCCAGCGGCAGGCAGACGUCCACGCGUACUCGCCCGACCGAGCCGACGCCCCCGAGGUUCCAGUUCCGGGCUAUUUCAGACUCAGCCAAACGUACGCGCGCCACGGGAGGCGGCAGCGGGACGAGCGCGACCGCCAGCAGCCGAGCCCCACGCUGAUGCAGUUGGACCGGAUCGCCCCGCAAAAGCAGGAGGCCCCGCCGCGCGUCCCCGCGGCCGCGGGGAGUCCGGAUCCCUGCACGUCCAGCGUGGAGGAAGACGACGACGAUGAAGAGCAGGACGAAGAGGAGGAGGAGGAGGAAGAGGAGGAGAAGACGCAUUCCAGUCCCGAGCUGCUGGGGCCGCGGGACGCAGGGAAAGAGCAAAACAACAACCCCCAAACCGGCAGCUGGUUGACGGCCAGGAGCGGCCGGAAGAAGCGUUCUCCCUACACCAAACACCAGACCUUGGAACUGGAGAAAGAAUUCCUGUUCAACAUGUACCUAACCCGAGAACGCCGCCUGGAAAUCAGCAGGAGUGUGAACCUGAGCGACCGACAGGUCAAGAUCUGGUUCCAGAACCGCAGGAUGAAGCUCAAGAAAAUGAACCGGGAAUGUCGAGUGCGUGAACUGAACUGUAAUCUCGCUUUCUCCUGAACUCCGACCUGUAAUUCCCUGUAUUAGUAUUGAUCAAUAAUGUUAGCGUUCAUAUCUUUUCUAUGUCCGUUUAUUGUGGCAUUUGACAUU